CCUGGCGGUGGCUUGCGGGGCGCUGGCUUUGUGCCUGGCCCUCACCGGGGCCACCAACCCCGGCUUCGUGGUGAGGAUCACCCAGGCUGGCUUGGACUAUGCCCAUCAGCACGGGGUCGCGGUCCUGGAGAAGGAGCUGGCCCAGCUGAAGCUGCCGGACAUCUCAGGUGACUUUCACAUCCGGCACGUGGGGAAGGUGCGCUAUGAGAUCUCCAGAUUGGACCUUCGCAGUUUCCACUUGCCGUACUCACGGAUUUCCCUGGUCCCCAAUGUGGGCCUGCAGGUCGCCAUCUCCAACGCCUUCGCCGAGCUGGACGGGGUGAAGAUACACUUCAUCCGGGACCACGGGUCGUUUGACCUGAAGGUGGAUAAUGUCUACAUCAAAAUCAACCUCAGGCUGGGCAAUGACGCCUCCGGGAAACCCACCGUGUCCACCUCUGACUGCAGCACCCACAUCUCCAAAGUCCGGGUACACUUUUCGGGCAGGUUUGGGUGGCUUUACAACCUCUUCUAUAAAGCUGUGGAGUCCCGAUUCCGGACGAUCUUGGAGGACAAGGUCUGUGAGAUCGUGGUCAGCUCUGUGCGCAGCGAGCUCCAGCCGUACCUCCAGACCCUGCCAGUCACAGCCAGGAUAGAUGCCAUGACUGGCAUCGAUUACUCCUUGGUGGCACCGCCAAUUGCUACAGCCCGAUCCCUGGAUGUGGGUCUCAAGGGCGAAUUCUUCUCCCUGGCUCGCCGCUCUGCCGUCCCCUUCCCUCCGGGGGUGCUGACCUUGCCCCCGGAUCACGACCGCAUGGUUUAUUUUGGGGCCUCCAGCUAUUUCUUCAACACAGCCAGCUUUGCCUACCACGCAGCCGGGGCGCUGGUCUUCGAGAUCACAGACGCCAUG